AUGGGCGCCUGCUCUUCAUGCCUUGGCCGUGAACGGGACCAUGAUCUUUCGGACGAGGACGAGCAAUCGAGACUUCUCUUUGACGAUCCACACGCAAACCACUAUGGCAGCUUCGGAGAAAACAAUGCAGGUGUAAUACAGGCAGAUCCUCAAGAAGUCCAACGAGAAAACGAGGCGCUUCAGAAGAUUGUCACUUUGACAUCGAACCACCUGGUUGACAUCUUUGCCAUGGUACCGCAAAACGCCAUCCCACCCGCUGCAUCCCCCACCGCGACCAGCACUCUAUUCCCCGCCCAAGAUGCUAGAUUGGUACGGUAUCAGGACGUGCUGGCAGAGAUCUCUGCAGGAGACCCAUCGAGCAAGGCCAAUCAUUUCCCUACAGAUCACACCCCCAUUGCCUCAGAAGGUUGGAUAUCGGACGAUGAAGACGUGGAGGAAAUGAAGGGACACACGCCUGUCAAAUCAGAAGGCAUAGGAGCAUUGCUGGGAGGGUUCGCAGAUGCAGACUCGGCCAUGAGAUGA